AUAUUCGAGGGGUCGGACGGACACGGCGAAUGGGAAGAAGCGGGAGGCGGGAGCUUGAGCAGCGGCGGAGAAUUCGAAAACAAGAUGGCAGCAACAGAGGAUGGAGGGGAGUCUGACAGAGGAAAUAGCGGUGAUGCUCUCUGUCGCAUUGUUAUUUGUAAUGACGCUUCCCUUCGAAGUCAACCAGUUAUAUACAACCCGGAUUUUUUUGUGGAAAAACUGCGUCAUGAAAAUACAGAAGUUUUUACCGAGCUAGUGGUCAGUAAUCUCACGAGAUUAAUAGACCUCCCAGGUACAGAGUUUGCACAGUUAAUGGGAGAGGUUGAUCCGAAACUUCCUAGCAAUAAUGGCGCAGCCUCCUCCUUCUUUAGGUCUCUGAACUUCCUCAAGCGUAAAGAAAAGGGAAUAGUAUUUGGAGCACCUUUGACAGAAGAAGGAAUUGCACAGAUUUAUCAGCUUAUUGAUUAUCUGCACAAAAAUCUACGCACAGAGGGAUUGUUUCGUAUUCCGGGGAACAGCAAUCGACAACAAAUUCUUAAAGACUUGCUUAACAGUGGGAUGGAUAUUGAUGUGGAGUCUGGAGAGUUUCAUCCUAAUGAUGUAGCCACUUUACUGAAAAUGUAUCUGGGCGAAUUACCAGAGCCACUGCUGACACACAGGCAUUAUAAUUCUCAUUUAAAAAUUGCAAACCUAAUGCUUUUCGAUGCCAAGGGUAAUAGGACAGGAGCACCAGAUAAGGAGCGACAGAUAGAGGCGUUGCAACUUCUUUUCCUGCUUCUACCAUCACCGAAUAGAAAUCUACUGAAACUACUGUUGGAUCUUCUCUAUCAGACAGCCAGAAAACAAGAUCGCAAUAAGAUGUCUGCCCAUAACCUCGCAUUGAUGUUUGCACCUCAUAUAAUAUGGCCUAAAAAUCUUACUGCCAGUGAUCUUCAGGAGCAUUUAAUAAAGCUGAACAAUGGAGUGACCUUUAUGAUAAAACAUUCCCAGAAACUUUUCAAGGCACCCCCAUAUAUCAGAGAAUAUGCUCGACUGUACUUCUCUGGCAGCAGGACACCUGCCUCAAAGGAUGAUCUGGAUUUGCUUCCUGCUCAGAGUUCCAGUGACUACCACUUUCAGAAACAUCCAAAAAGGAGUAGGAUUGGAUCUUCCCCUUCAUCCUCUACAUCUGUCCAAGAACAGACACAGCAGCACACUGAGGAAGCCCUAAAGGAGUUGUUUCGACAUGUUCACAACAUGCCAGAUUCCGCUAAAAAGAAGCGCCUCAUCCGGCAGUUCAACAAGAAUACUCCACACACACCAGUAUCUGAUGCCCAAGUCACGAAUGGAAAGAAACAUGUUCGAUCACGCACUUUUAGUGGGAUGAUUAAGCGCAAGGUUUUGGGAGGCCAGAUAACCUCUGAAAAGAAAAGCAGAAACACAACCCCACAGUCAUCAGAUGGCUCAGAAUAUGCCAAAGAAAAUUUAAAAUAUGUGUCCUUAGAUUCUCCCGCAGUGUACUUUACCCGAGCAAAAUUAAAGCUCUCUGAGGACUUGCAGAUCAGGAAAGAGGCCUCGAGUAAAUCAAAGAAGAGCCAUCAUAUGUCUACUCAAGAGACCUCCAUUUAACUGAUCCUGACUUUGUUUUUAUGGUUUACUCUUUUUUAUAUUUUCCUUUUUGUCUUUUUAUUCAACCUGUGGACAAAUGUUACGAAACAAGCUGUGAGAUAAAUAAUCCUCUUGCAGUCCCUAGUCACUGGCUGUGACGCCUUGUAGUCUAUUAACCUGACUGGGACUUUAUAAAUACUUUAACCAGGAAAAACCACUCUUAAAAAUCCAAAUAUAUGAAUAUUCGAGGACUAAACCCUUCUCUAAAACUUAUGUUUUUCAUACUAUUUUUACAGUGUAUUUGGUUUAUAUUUAGAGGGCUUCAUCCUGUUCUGUAGCUAUUAUUUUUUCAUUCCAUUGUGAGACUGCGUUGCCUGUUCCCUAACAGAGAAUGUGCCCUUGCUCGCAUGGACAUUAAUGUAAGCUUGCUUGUUAAUGUUUUAACCUCUCAGUGUUUACAGGACUGUUUUUAUCCCUAUUUUAUAUGUACUCCUCCAGUGCCAGGGGGCAUGAAAUGCUUUUUUUAAAAAAAACCAUUGAGACUACGGUAAUUGAGGGCUAGUGUGUGGGUGCAUAAGGUGGAUUUUAGAAAAGUGUAUUUAUAUGAAGGUUAUACUUUUGUGCUGGGAUUUAUACGACAGUCUUGGCUAUGGGUAAGGGUCUGGUAAUUGUAUGUGGAUAUAGUUGCUGGUGCUUUAAAACAUUGUGUAUAGAGUGUAGAAUAGUUUAGACUUUUAUCUCCUUUGUUUGUGUAAUGCUCACAUGCAUUUGUCUUAUUUAUCUUUUAUUCAAAGCUCUUUCUAAAUUUUAGUCUUAAUGGUAUAUUCAGAUGUGUUGGCCGCACACCAGAAAUUCAUGUUACCAGCAGGGCAGCCAAAAUAUUUCCAUCACGCGUUCUAGAGCUUAAUGCAAAGGAACAGGCUUUCAGUUCAACUUUUAUAGCGGUGCAGAGUAGCUAUUUGCCUUGAGCCUCUGACUUCAGAGGAGCCUACAGUAUCUCCCUGAUAAACAUAAUAUUUUUAUUAUAUAUUUGAUUUUUACUUUUUUUGGGGGGGGGGGGGGGCGUGGGCUGGGGGCUUAUUUUAGAGACCUCUUAUAUGUUUUUAAAAGACAAGGAAAGAAAGGAAAAAAUAGUAAUUGCUUAGCUCCGGCCCUGUGCUACGCUGCCGUCAUGGUUCCUGUCUGCUGUGCAUGUACGCAACCCAAGGCAGCUGCAAGUGAUCCAUGGGACAGACAAGAAUAUGGCAGCAUGGUACGUGGCCUUAGCUAACUGAUAAUAAUCACUGGGAACUGCCUGUCAAAUUGGCACCCCCUAGUGAUUAACACUUGCCUUCUCCUUUAUGAAUCCUGGGGGAGAGGAGGGCAAAACAAAUAAAAGAAAGUAGAAUAAUUAGACAUGUGUAAUAUGAUAUCUAUGCAGAACACAUUCUAUAUAAGCCAUAUUUAUUUAGCUCAUGUUGAGCAGCAUUGUAAAUUGCCCCUUUAAAGUAGAACUCCCUUGACUUUUUAGGUAUUUGGACUUCAGAAUCUCUUUGCACUAGUAUUGAACAGCAAAACGCCCUCCCUAUGGGAAAAGACCACUUAAUGCUUCACUAGUUGAAGCUUUUUAUCAAUAGAAAUGUUAUUGCUCUGUGUAAUGCUAGGAAUACUGCAUGCUACAGAGAAUUAAAUGAGGCAAACCACAGGGCAGCUUCCACUCCUAUAUAUCCUAUAUAUAUCCCAUAGGCCAGUGUAUGCACACAACAGGAUACCAUCACCCUUUCUUUGAUAGUAUAAUGAGCAAUGUGCAGACUUCAUGCAAAAACCAUUGUUUCCCCAUUAAAAUCACAAUUUUACACAUCACUGAAGAGUAGCCAGUAGCAAGCUAUGCCUUUUCUUUACUGUCUCUUUAAGGGAAGAAAAUGAAAGAUGAAUUCAAGGCCAAAAGUAAGGCCAAAAAGGUUUAGUUUUUAUAUAGAAAGAAAUGUGUAUUUAUCCAGUGUUUGCCAGCUAGAGAGAGAGAGAGAGCAGGAGAUUAAUUAGAUUCUGAGUUACAUACAAAAACAAGUAAACUUUCCCCUAACACUGUAACCCGUAGCUACUAAUUACAUUUGCUUUAUUAGUAUAGCUGCACUGGGCAGGGAAAAUCUUGCUUCUGAUUGUUUGCUAUAGGUUACAUGGCCUGCGCAUGGCCUGGCUAUGUUUGUGCAUUACCCUCUUACCAUCCCACAUACUACCCAUUUAGGGGCACCUUUUGAAUCUUUAAGUGGGACACUUUUUCCCCCCCCCUCCUGAAACUGUGUUCAAUUUAUAUUGUAUAUAUUUCCUUAGUGUUUUAAAUAGGUUUUCUGUUAAAAGUUUUGUUCUAAUGUGCAUGUCUUGUCUGACAACUCAAAUACUAGUCUAACUGAAUCCUUAUGAACCACCCCUGGCUAAAGAUAUAGAUACAGUAAAUGUACCCCCUAUUGUAAAAUAUAAGGAUAUUAUUAAGUUAUAGAGGACUUCCAUGACCAUAUAAAAGCACCAGGCCUCAGGGGACGAAUUCUAAUAUUUCCGUAUUUUUCAACAGGGGGUACAUUGCUUAUUAAUAAUACACACAUUUCAUUGACUCAUGUGACAGAAACUACAUCACUAAGCAUCAGUUAUAACUGAUGGCAUCACUAAGCUCCAUUUAUAAGGAUAUCAUUUACAGGAUAUUCAUAGUUCUUGUGUGUUAUAAAGAUAUAAAUCCCUCCAUGAGCACACUCAUGUACUGCACUGAUCUACAGUACAUUGUGUCGGAUCACUGACCUCCCACAGGUCAAACCUAGACAUUAGAGAACUAAGGUACUGGAAUGGAGGUGUCUCUAUGGUAUUAGGGCUGCUGUGCCGCCAGACUUAUGAAGCAGCCAUAGAGCUGCUUUAGCUUAAGACUUUAGCUUUCCUUUCAAGGCAUUGUAUAAAAUACUGUACUGAUCUUCUGGAGCAUGGAACAAGCCUAAGGAAGUGGCAGUUUUUUCAGGCAAGUGCCUGAAUAUACAAUUCAAGGACUGUCUGAGAUGGGAGAAUGGCAGGAACAUUGUUACAUUCACUAGAAACCCAGUUGAAAAGAGAAAUGUGAAUUUUUUUUUUGCUUUAUCUGUUAUCCCCCCCACUGUAGUUUAAUCUUACAUAUAGGAAAUGUACCGUGUCACUGAUCUGUUGUAGUUUACCUUAGGGCUUGUGCUUAUUGCCAUUU